UUGCGACUUCUCCAGCUUCCAUUACCAGACUCUAAUGAGUUCACACAACGUGUGUGAUGUGGGAUUUUGUUUUACGUGGAUUUUUGGAGGGAACGCGCUCCGGGGGGGGCCGCUCGUCGGAACUGAGCGAGCAUCUCCCUGAGGCGCGUCGGGCGGCCCGAGAACAUCACGGAGAAGCCGAGGCCACCCGGCUUCCUGGGGAGGACACGGAAGUGAUUGUAGGGAGGAAGAGAAGCCGGAGACACAUUUCCGCCCGCUGCUUAUUUCACGCCCCGCUAAGUCCCCGCGUGGUAGCCUUCAGCCUCGAGAGGCUGGGUCGGUGCUUGUACUAGUACCCCCAGCUCCCGCCUGGUCCCCAGGAGGAGAGACGCUCUUCUUUGUCUUCUUACUCCUCCCCGGGGGCUUGCCCCGAGAAUAGGGUAGAAGAUGUCCAUGGAUGUAACCUUCCUAGGGACGGGCUCUGCAUACCCGUCACCCACCAGGGGAGCCUCUGCAGUAGCUCUCCGAUGUGAAGGUGCCUGCUGGCUCUUUGAUUGUGGGGAAGGAACACAAACACAGUUCAUGAAAAGCCAACUUAAAGCAGGGAGAAUUACAAAGAUCUUCAUAACUCAUCUUCAUGGGGAUCACUUCUUUGGCCUUCCUGGACUUCUUUGUACUAUCAGUCUCCAGAGCAGCCCCACUGCUUCCAAACCACCUAUGGAAAUCUAUGGGCCUGUAGGGCUUCGGAACUUCAUCUGGAAAACUAUGGAGCUCUCUCACUCAGAGUUGACCUUCCCCUAUGUUGUUCAUGAGUUGGUACCCACAGAGGAUCAGUGCCCUGCUGGAGAAUUAAAAGAUUUCUCUCACCUAGAUGGAACUGACAGCCCUCCCAAGGAAAUACAAGGCAGAACGAUCCUUUUAGACUCGGUUGAAGGCUCUUACGUACUGGUCAAUGAUGAGCAGUUUCUUGUAAAAGCAUUUCGCCUCUUCCAUCGCAUUCCAUCUUUUGGUUUUUCAGUGGCAGAGAAGGAACGUCCAGGUAGACUCAAUGCACAAAAACUAAAAGACCUUGGUGUCCCUCCAGGUCCUGCCUAUGGGAAACUGAAAAACGGAAUUACUGUCGUUUUGGAAAAUGGAGUUAAAGUUUCUCCUGAAUAUGUCUUAGAAAAGCCUAUUCCUGGAAGAAAAGUGUGCAUUUUGGGUGACUGCUCUGGCGUCGUAGGUGAUGGAGGAGUGAAACUGUGCUUCGAGGCAGAUCUUUUGGUUCACGAAGCCACCCUUGAUGAUGCUCAUAUGGACAAAGCUAAAGAAUAUGGUCAUAGCACCCCACGUAUGGCAGCAGAGUUUGCCAAAUUGUGCAAAGUCAAGAAACUGGUUCUUACUCACUUCAGUCAGAGGUACAAACCACCUCUCCUCUCUGGAGCAGGAGAAACAGAUGAUAUUAGAGAGUUAAAAAAGCAAGCCGAAUCUGUGUUGGAUUUCCAAGAAGUGACUCUAGCAGAGGAUUUUAUGGUGAUUGACAUUCCAAAGAAAAAAACUAUCAGCAUUACCUGAGUAUGUUUUCAUGUGCCAGUUUGAAACAGCCUGCUCUCCAGAUUUCUGUCUGAAAUGAUUUGGGGCCAAAUAAUCCCAGGAAGGGUGGGGCUGCAUUGCUGAAUUGACCUGUGUGGCCUUAAUGGUGUUGCACAGAUCAGCUCUUAACACCAGCAGCCUUCUUCAAGUCCCAGCUUGAUUAAAUGAUAGCCUGAUUAGAUAAAUACUGUAGUUAAACUGUUCCCUUGAGUUUGAUCCAUUACCCUCCCCACUACAAGCUCAGUGUUUUUGCUGUCAUUACCUAAAUGCAGAGAAAACUGUUUUCUGCUAACAAUGGAUUAAGCAGAAGAAGAGAAUAGGUGUAAGGAAAAUAUUGGGAAGCAUUUGAGGUUGAAUAUAAGAACUCAGAAUUGCUACAUCUUCACUGAAGUGCUUAGCAGAAGGUUGGGGUUAAACUUAAAUCUCUUGUUUAACAACUUGGUUUCUGUUUAAAUCCAAAUCUGAAUGGUUAGCAAAACUGCUAGCUUGUAUGGUUAUAGAAUUAUUAUAAACAGACUACAAGAGACUGUAGGAAUUAUUGGUUUGGACCGGCAUACUUGAGAUCAUCAAAUCUUACUUGAAAUAAGUGGGUUGCAAUAUAUACCAAAAUAUUAGCAUCCAUAACUGGAAAGAAAGUGAAUGACCUUCCAUUGGGAAAUUAUUACACACAUUGUGGCACAUGAAUGUCAGAAUAUUUCUGCAAUGUAAUAGACAGUGAUUAUGAGGAAGCCUGGUAAGACUUAAUUGGAAGUGAUGCAAAGUGUAAAGUAGGCAGAACCAGGCACAUGAUCUGUGUGGUUACUACAGCAAUGUAAAUAGAAAAAGCAAAAAUGAAAUUCGAUGGUGUGCCACUAUGGUGCUCAAGCUCUGCCCAAAAGGAGAGGAGAAAUUGCAUCCUCCUCCUUUCAAGUACAUUCCCAGAAAAUAGAUGUAUCAGUGUGUGUUAAUCAGUUUAGUUUCCGACCAGCAGCGAGAGGCAACAGAAGUCUUCUUCUUUUCAGUCAUUGUUUGUAUUAGGGGUUUUUGACCCUGUAUUCUUUGCAACACAUCAUCUAGUGGACCUUUUAAAAAAUAAUGACUUUGAACAUGACUUUUCUGCUGCAGAUUACAUAGCAACAUUAAGGUUACAUAAGAAACUUCAUGCUAAUGAUAACGGAGAUGGACCCUCAAGUUUCUUUAAUUGUAAAUGUUUAUUUAAAUAUAUAAUCUUUUACAGAAGGCCUUAAUGUUCUGGUGAAUAGGUUUAAGACAGUCUCAGAGGGAAUCCAAAGAUAAAAAAAGAGGCAGGCAUAUGAUCCUCCCAUGAGGGUUGGCCAGCUGACCUGUGGCUCUUCUGUAUUUAUGGCCUCCUGGGAAGGUGAGGGCGUGGGCAGCAGAGCUGAAUGGACCAUAAGAGCCUGUGCUACUAAGGUGACAUGUAGGCUUUUCUAAGCUGGAAAGGGUUUUCAGUGAUACAUUAUUUGCUAGCAAGAACCAAGGCAUUAUUAUGAAAUUGAAAAUUUCUUCUUUGGUCUUUACUAUUUCCCUCAUGCUCUUCCUCUUUCCUCUUAUUCCAAAUAAAUCUCUAAUGAAGGGAGGAUAUAUUUUUGUACUGGGGGAGUCUUCUAUCAUCAGGCUACCUGUAUCUUCCACACAGUUACCCAAGUUACUGACAGUGUUACUCUUGAUAAAUUCCAGACUCCUGAUUGCCUUUAGGAUCUAAUAGAAACUCUUCUCUGUUGGGCAUUAAAAGCCAUUCACAACCUGGCCCCAACAUUGUGCGCACUCUCUCUCUCUCUCUCUCUCCCCCUCUUUUAUGGGGGGGGGGAAGGGAGUGGGGCAAUGAGGGUGAAGUGACUUGCCCAGGGUCACACAGCCAGUAAGUGUCAAGUUUCUGAGGUUAUAUUUGAACUCGGGUACUUCUGAAUUCAGGGCUGGUGCUUUAUCUGAUGCACCUCCUAGCUACCCACCAACAUAGAUUUCUAACCUUAUUACACUUUACUAUUCUUCAUGUCUCCUGUACCUCAUAUGUGACCCUCUGUGGUGUCCCUCUUGCCUGGAAUGUACUCCUUCCUCCCCUCUGCCUCUUAAAAAUCCUCCUUUCCUUUAAGAUUUAGCUCAAGUACCACCUUCUACACACAGACUGUCCUGAUUCUUUCUAUCCCUACCUCGUACUUCCUUCUUAAAAUCAACUGCUUUGUAUAUACCUGGAUAUAAAUAUUGUUUUCUGCAAAAUAGAAUGUAAGCUCUUUGAGAGCAAGGACUGUGAGUUUUUGUUUUUGUAACCUAGAACCAGAGUUAAUAACCUGGGGUCUAUAAAAUUGUUUUUUGUAUUUUGAUAACUAUUUCAAUAAAAUUGGUUUCCUGUCUAAUGUAUUUUAU